UUUUGAGUGAAGUUGUCAAAGCGGAUGCUUGGAAGAUUCCGUGGGGCCCUAAACACAUACUUCUCUGAUCAAAAAUAUCCCAUCUAAUAUGGAGAAGGGGAAAGGGAAACGCUCUGCUGCCGAUGCCAAUGAAAAAUGGCAAAUUUAUGCAUCCUUGGCAUUUAUCAUUGUUGUAAUUGUAAUCGGUGUCCCGAUGUGGUGGAAAACGACAGAAGUUUAUAGGGUCAGCCUUGCCUAUUCGGCAAUAAGAAACUUGAAGGCGACAUCAAUUCGUAUAUCAUGCCGGAUUGGAAUUUACACUUCCGAUCCAGCACGCUCUUCGUUAUUAGUGCAGGAACUGAAAAGCCAAUUCGAGAAUGAAGGAUAUUUCAAUAUUAAGUUUGAACAAAUCACGAAUGUACCUGAAGCUGACACCGCAAGAACCCCUGUUGCACUCGAGACAUUAAUUAAGAAAAAAUUCACAUUGAAUCCGGGAGAUUUUCUAUUUUUCGAGUGGUCGAAAUUGAAAGAUGACAUUCUUUUGACCACUGAGCGUUCAGCAUUAAUAAACUCAGAAACAAGUGCAGCACAAAUUGCAGUAUUGCUGAAAGGGAGUUUGCUGCAGACGAGUAAAAUUAAUUCGCUUAUAAAUGGAGACGAACGCCUAGGAUACCAAUCUACACCGCCACAUCCGAAAUACGAUGUCCUGAUUUCUGUUAUCAACCCACGACCGGAUUUGAUGGAUUUUCAUUGGGAUGUUAAAGUGUCAGCUGAAAUGUAUUUGGGGUCAUAUUUAAAUCACCUGCAAAAUUUAUCUGAGUAUACUCUUAAGACGCAAUGGCGGUUCCAAGUACCUUUCGAAUUUCAGCCUAAACAAAUACGGGACACUUCCCUAUUAGGGCGUCAUUAUGCUGUUACUGAAGACGCUCUUCCACAUAUAAUAACUUCAAUAGAGAAGAACCUCGGCAGUGGUAUCACUGAUAAUCCGUGCAUCAAUCUAGUCAUUUACAUUCCUCCAUGUGAUAUUGCACCAUUGCAUAUUUAUAAAAACUCAGGUGAAAAAUCCAGUCACAACAACAUUGAUGCAUUCAUUUCGGAAAAAUGGGGUAGCGUCGUUAUCCAUAAUCCGCCAGCGCAGCUAUGCAAAGUCGCCAAUGAACAUGGAACGAAAAUUCAUUUCGAUAUAAAAUCACGAGAUGUAAUGCAAAUCUUCCUUGCACAUUUGAUGAUACUAACGGACACUACCGUGAAGGUGAAUAUGCCUGGCGUUAAGAUGACAGAAAUCGAUGAAAUUGCUCCAAAGUCAUGGGAGUAUGAUAUUUACGUACGUAACACCUGUGUCAAGUAUCUGACGACAACAAUCCACACACUGCAGUCGCUUGUUCAGCUUUUGGGUGAUAUUAGCUACAUUGUAAUCAACGAUGAAGUGGGUAAAGCUAUUAAUGAUGCAUACGUGAAAAUUGGAAUUGCGGAAGAGUAUUUGAAAGAAAAUAACCUACACUUGGCAACAGAAUAUGCAAGGAUGGCAUUUGUUGCAUCGGAACAGGCAUUUUUCGAUGCUAGUCUUUUAGCGCAGCUGUAUUUUCCAGAUGAGCAAAAGUAUGCAAUCUACAUUCCUCUUUUCCUGCCAAUAAUGGUGCCAGUGAUCUCGUCUCUGGCAAUGAUAAAAAAAUAUUUCUUCGGCAAGAAAGACAACGACAUUAAAUUGAAAGUAAAUUAGAGUUUCGCAUUUAUUUUGUGAAUUAUAUGUUUGUUUCUAUUUAUUGAUCAGUAUUGUAAGACUGCGAAAUUUUUUCACCAUCAUCACCGCUUGAUAAACCUUUGAUUAUAAGAAAA